AUGGGAAAGAGGUUUAAUACACGCUGUUUCUUGGAUAUUAAAAUUGGUGAUUCUGAACCUGAGCGUGUUGUCCUUGAGUUAUUUGAUGAAAAAUGCCCGAAGGCAUGUGAUAAUUUCAAGAAACUUUGUCAAGGAAUUUGUGGAAUCGGAAUAAAGACGGGGAAACCACUCCAUUACCAAGGAUCGACUUUUCAUAGAAUUAUUAAGGGGUUUAUCAUUCAGGGUGGCGAUUUCAGCAACGGUGAUGGCACUGGUGGUGAAUCUAUAUAUGGUGGAACUUUUGCUGACGAAGACAUGUCAUUGCCUCAUGACAGGCCAUUCCUGUUGUCGAUGGCCAACCGAGGUCCAAACACGAAUGGCUCCCAAUUUUUCAUAACCACUGCUCCUGCCCCUCACUUGAAUGGUAAACAUAUGGUAUUCGGCCAUGUACUAUCGGGUCGAGAGGUGGUUGCGAAGAUUGAAGCAGUGCCUGUGUCUGAUACUCGGAUAUACAAGCCAAUUAAACCUGUUGUUAUUGUUAAUUGCGGUGAACUUGUCCCAGUUAAAAAGAAAAAGUCCGAUGACCAAAAGAAAUCUAGUAAGAAGAAAAAGAAAAAAGCGAAAAAAUCGAAGAAGAAGAAGUCCCGAAGAAGGCGAAGCUCUUCCAGAUAUGGAUCUGAUUCAGAUUCUGUGAAGAUUAGGCCUGAAGAAAUACCCGAUGUACCAAAGAAUAAGUUUUUGUAUCGGCCAAGUCCAACAAACUCCACUAAGGCACCGUUUGUAGAAAAUCAAAAUUACUCAUUAAGACAUAAGUCGGGUAGAAAAGUCAAGGGUCGAGGCCAGGUGCGCUAUAGGACGCCAGAUUCACGUUCUGGUAGUCGUGAUCGUGGUAUAACCCCAGAGCAUUGGCAUCAAGCAGCUCGUAGAUCUCGUCGACGGUCUGCUGAAGAUGAAUCUCGAUCACGAGCUAAACGAUUUCGAGAGCAAAUAGCCAGUAGUCGGGAAGAAAAUGAUCUGAGAGAAGCUAGAACUAGGUCGCCUUUGAAUCCAACGGGACGGGGAUCUGUUAAAAAUCACAGUGACUAUGCGUCGACUAUAAGUAAACCAAGUCCUCGUCACCAAGAGAGUGCAAAGAUCUUAUCGCCUAGUAACCCAUUUUCACAUUCUCCAUUAACCGUUUCCUUUAGGCGAAAUGCUAUGGGCAUUUAUGACGACCGGUGGACAAAAGGGCCUGAUGCUACUCCUACAUCCGCUCGUCGCCAGCAGGCUGAUGACCAAUCGUCGGAAGGGGAAGGUGCGCGACACGGAUACCAUCAACAACGAACACCAAGUCCACCACCGCCUCCACAAACUUCACAUAGUAAUCUCUCACGCGGUCAUAAUAGAACUCGUGCGGAGGACAGUGGAAGAUGUGGUGUCGACUCUAGACGUUCGUCAAAAUCUGGCCAUUCGAGAUCUGCCUCGUCACACCGGGUAUCUGAUCGAAGGCGUAAAGUAUCGCGUUCACCUUCACGGUCCCGAUCUCCCUCCUUUACUCGGCCUUCAAAACGAUCGGUUGAGCGUGAAUCCCGUCGUGAUUCACCGCCGAUAUCGUCAAAGUUGGCUUCAACAAGAAGGCGGGAGACCAGUCAAAACCGUUUGGGAAGUGCAGAAAGACGAAAGCCCUCACCAGGUCGUGGAGACUUUCAUGGCUCUCCCCGCAGUCCUCCUGCUCAUCUGAUCAGCAAGUAG